AUGGCUGGACAGUGGAAUGUCUCGCGAAUACCUCUACCCCCGACUCGAGUACAGACCUGUCUUGAGCUCAGUCCAUAUUGUGCACUUGAUCCUGCUGGGCAGGGGCAUAAAGGGAACGUUCCCAAGCUCCUUUUGAGCAGGUGUGGAAUUGAAAUUGCUGCUUCUGACAACGUAGGAGCUACACCUCUCUGUGCGGCUGCUCGUAAAGACCACCGAUUCGUCGCAUUGCAGAUUUUGGCCGAGAAAUCAGCCAAUCUCAAUGGACGCUGCCUUGGCCAAAAGACCGCUCUUCACUUGGUAGUUGAAGGCAGAAACAUUCGUCUCGCUUGCCUGCUUGUGGACAUGGAUUCACUGGACCAAAACAUUGGCGAUGAGCAGGGGUGGACGGCCCUCAGCUACGCGGCAGGCCAGGGCGAUCUGCGGAUAUUGGAGCUUCUCCUUACUAGGAGCGAUCUAGAAUUGAAUGUACCGCACGCUCCUCCCAUAUAUCUUGCCGCCGACAGGGGACAUCUGGAAGUUGUCCGCCGACUUGUCUCUCUUGAAGUGGUUGAUGCCAAUCAACCCUACUGGGACAAGUCUCCAAUAUUUAUCGCGAUCGAGAUCGGCUCCCAUGGUGUUGCAAAACUGCUUCUUGAACAAGGGUCUCGACAGGACGUCAACGCCAAGACCUCUCUUGGCGACACAGCACUACAUAUUGCUGCCUCUUAUGGGAAUCUGGAUAUUGUGAAGCUGUUGCUCCAAGACGAUCGACUCGAUUUUGCGGGGACUAAUCGAUAUGGGGAGUCAGCCCUGAGACUGGCAGCCCGGAACGGAAAGGAGCACGUUGUCAGGAGUCUUUGCCGCGACCACCGUGGAAGAGAUAUCUACCACUUGCGAAGUGCCAUGGAAGCUGCAUCAAAUCCUCGGAUUCUUUAUUUCCUUCAGGGGCAGUUGAUGAAACAUGGCGUGGAACACGGUGUGCGUCGGUCAGCUCGGCUUGCCCGAGGAAGUUCUCAGGUCUUGGAAUCUCGCACCAGGCCGUCACUUCGACGGUCGGCGCGGUUGCCAGAGUCAAGAGUCAGUGGAUCUUAG